AUGUCAAAUUAUGAAAAUAUUUGUUGCAAUCCAACACUUUAUGGCAAUCCCUGGAAAGGUGUGUCCGGUUUGCCCUCAUUAGGAGGCGGAAGAAUUGGGGGCUCAUUAGGACUGAUGGGCACUGCGCUCAUCGACGGCUCACGCGGUGGUGGGGCUGACACAGGAGGCGGUGGCGGCACAGGUUUGGGCGCAGUGUCCGAAGUGGUUACUGUUGUCGGAGGUGUUGUUGCGGUCAUAUUGGGGUCGAUAGUGGUUGAGAUGAUGUUGGGAUCAGCUGUGGUGGUAGUUGUGACGGAAGAGACAGUAGUAGAGAGGACAGACACUGAUAUAACACCAAUAUGGUUGGACGACAUGUAUCUAUUGAAUGCUCUGCCACUGCCCAUCAACUCCAGUCCUUUCUAUCUGUUCCCUCGACAACAGUUUAAGACAUCAACGGAUCAGUUAAGGCUCGCAUCAGAGAUCAUUCAAUUCACUUAUGAGUUUCGGAACAGAAUCGAAAAUCAAAGCCUAUCACAAGAUUAUGGUUCGGGUCAGGGAAAGGGACAGCCGUUAUGUAUGCAAACGUAUAAAAACUUCUUCAAUGCCUAUAGAAUUGCUGGCGAAGAGAAAGACGAGAUUUUAUUGAUUAAUGAGAACCGAGAAGAAGAUAACGAACACAUUGUGAUUGCCUCCAGAAAUCAGUUUUUUGUGCUUCAAUUCAAACGAAAUGAAUUUCCAUCCGUAGAUGAAUUGCUCGAUAAAUUGAAAUACAUUUGGUAUUUGUCUAAAGAAUAUGAAUCGUGCGCUCCUUUUGUCGGAAUACUUACCACAGAUAAUAGGAAAAUAUGGGCCAACACUAGGAAACGGAUGCUUUUGAGCGAUGUUAACAAACAGUCGUUGAAAUAUAUCGAAAACUGUUUGUUUGUCAUUUGUCUCGACGAUUGUGUUUCCACUAAAACCACAAGAAAUCAAAGACGAGACUCAAUACAAAUGGCACGAAUGGAUCCGACAUAUAUGGCCUCUACUCUACUACACGGCGGCGGCUCUCAGUUUUACACACCCAACCGAUGGUUCGACAAAACACUUCAGAUUAUCAUAGGAAAAGACGGCAUAUUUGGUGUGAUUAGUGAGCAUACAGUCUCCGAAGGGAUGACUAUUUUGCGCUUUUGCCAGGAAUUAAUCGAUUAUCUCGAAGAACAUCCCUUUCAUAGCAAUCAUCACAGGAAAGACUCGACAAAAGGCUUUCAUAAUAGGAAUUCAAAUGUAAAUCUACACAACGGUGUGUUCCCAUUGCACUGGGAUAUCGACGAUAACAUCAGCUUUCAAUUGAUUGAAUCAACAAAACGAAUCGAUAAACUGAUAGCAGAUGUGGAUCUCUAUGUCCUUCAAUUCAAUGAAUUUGGCAAAGAGUUUGUGAAACAGCAGAAACUAAGUCCCGACGCUUUCGUUCAAUUGGCCCUUCAAUUGACUUACUAUAAAGUGCACCGAAAAUUAGUGUCCACUUAUGAAAGCGCUUCUCUCCGACCCUUUAAACUGGGAAGAGUUGAUAACAUCCGUGCGGCCACUCUCGAGGCCUUGGCCUGGGCUAAGGCCAUGUGCGAUGAGAUACCAGAGAUUACUGAAAGACAUAAGACCGAAAUGUUUCUAAAAGCUAUGGCAAAGCAAAUGGAAAUUUUGAAAUAUACAAUCUGCGGCCACGGGAUAGACAAUCACUUACUCGGACUUAACGUGAUGUCCAAAAUCAACGACAAAGAGAUUCCGUCACUUUUUAAAGAAAAAUCAUACAAAGAAUUCUUGAAUUUCCGUUUGUCGACGAGUCAAUUGGCGACCGAAAAGGGCAUUCUUGUCGGCUAUGGACCCGUUGUUGCCGACGGUUACGGCUGUUCUUACAAUAUAUGUCAAAAUGUGAUCACAUUCUGCAUCAGCUCUUUCUUCAGUUCGUGCGAAACGAGUUCCGAUUUCUUUGCCCUCAGUUUAGAGGGAAGUCUACUUCAGAUGCGAGAGCUUUGUAUUAAAAUCAAUUCAUAUCAAACUUGAUCUUCAGAUAACUGUGUCUUUCAUACAAUGAGUGAUUAGAAACGUUGUCAACGAGUGUAUCGAU